CAAGCAUGGAACGCACCUCGUUUCUUUGCGGCUGACUAAAACGCCUAGAAUGAGGGGCAGAAAGGUGGAGCAACAGCUGAGUCCCUUUUUCCGUUUGAUUGUCUCAGCUUUGCUCAUUUUCGCAAAAUAAAAACAUCUGUCAACUUAGGUACCCUAAAAACACCCAAAAAUACUUUGUAAGACUGGAAAGUUAUUAUAAAGACUUUGCACGUUCCUGGCACCUGUCAGUGUCCCCACUGCUACGUGCGCUACGAUUAGAAGCUCAGGGGAAUUGCGACUAGCCCCUCCCGAUUGGAUCGACGGCGCACAUCCGUCCCGAGGCUAAUUCGAUUUAGUCUCUCAUCGGAGCCUUCUGCUUCUUUCUCUCGUAUUGUUAGCCCGUCCCGUCAGCCCGUCUAACUUAUUCUCUUGAAGUUGAGACGGCAGAUUAUCUUCUCCUUUUAUAACGAAGUGCUCGUUAUAUUAUAAUAAGUUAUUCGAAGUAUGCGCGACUUGCUUAUCCUUAAAUGACGAUACUUACCCCUUGAUCGACAUUCCGCAACCACCGAAUCUGUUCUCGUUCUGCUUAUAAGCCAGGCCCUGCUCUACCCUAAUAACCUCGUCCUACGUUUCUAGUACUACGUUUCUAGUACCUAAGCAUAUAUAUCGCUCAUAAGGCCUUCCCGAGUUUUUUAUAGCCACGGGAUUACCUUCCCUAUCAUUUACGAUGGCCACCACCGCCGCCGCGACUGUCCCGAGCAACGGCUCUCCUCGUCCGAAUCCUCAAAUACAGCCAUGUAGAUACAAGGUGGGAAAGACGUUGGGCGCAGGCUCGUAUUCUGUUGUAAAGGAGUGUGUACACAUUGAUACGGGUCGUUACUAUGCCGCAAAGGUUAUUAAUAAGAGACUAAUGGCCGGUCGCGAACAUAUGGUUCGAAACGAGAUUGCCGUACUCAAAAAGGUCUCGAUGGGCCAUCAAAACAUCCUGACCCUCGUUGACUACUUCGAGACGAUGAACAACCUUUACCUUGUAACUGACCUGGCGCUUGGCGGAGAGCUCUUCGAUCGGAUUUGCCGCAAAGGAUCGUACUACGAAUCUGAUGCUGCCGACUUGAUUCGCGCGACACUAUCUGCCGUCGCGUAUCUCCACGACCACGGAAUCGUACAUCGUGAUCUUAAGCCCGAGAACCUACUCUUCCGUACCCCCGAAGACAACGCCGACCUUCUUAUUGCCGAUUUCGGCCUGUCGCGUAUUAUGGAUGAGGAGCAAUUCCACGUCUUGACGACGACUUGCGGUACUCCGGGAUACAUGGCGCCCGAGAUCUUCAAGAAGACGGGCCACGGCAAACCAGUUGAUAUAUGGGCUAUGGGGGUUAUUACGUACUUUUUAUUGUGCGGAUACACGCCGUUCGACCGCGACAGUGACUUUGACGAAAUGCAGGCGAUCCUAAACGCUGACUACAGCUUCCAGCCAGUAGAAUACUGGCGCGGUGUCAGCGAUAACGCAAAGGAUUUCAUUUGCAAGUGUCUUACCGUCGACCCUAAUAAGCGUAUGACAGCGCACGAGGCCCUAUCUCAUCCUUUCGUCGCCGACUAUAGCCUGGGCGGCGACGGUGAUAGAGGCCAAAACCUACUCCCCACAGUCAAGAAGAACUUCAACGCGCGCAAGACGUUACAUGCAGCUAUCGACACGGUGCGGGCCAUCAACAAGCUACGGGAGGGCCACGCGAAUGCUCACCUAAUGGACGGCACCCGAUCGGCAGAGCCGAAGCCGGGCGCGCCUCCGCUAGACAAGGCUGAGGUAGCAAAAGGCGAUUCGGGCUACUCGAGUACGCAGAAUGAAGACGUAGAUAUGGGUGGCAUGGGCCCUGAAUCGGGCGUACCUGCGAGUUUAAGACCCGGUGUCGCUGCUAACAAAGUGGUUGAAACGUCGAAAGGAUUAUGGACUGCAAGCCAACCACGACGAUGAAGCAGCACUAUCUCAUAUCGGGAGCUGGAGUUGCAUACUAUUUAAGGCGACAGGGUGGGGCAAUUUUAUCUAGACUGCAUCUUGCGAGAGCGAGCGAUGGUAUAUAUAGGGACGAGACGAGAGACUGAACCCCCCUUUAGUUUUAUGACGAGAUGAGAUGGACUACGGUACAGUUAUGUACAUGAACGAGAGAGAUGGCGGUAACGAGCGCAUUAGCAGUCGCAUUUUUGGAUAGCGAGCGAAUAUCGGCGGAUACAGCGACGUAGAUCUUGCGAUAGCGGUGUUGUAAUUAGGAUUAGAAUAGCCCGAGUUCUAUACGGGGAUAGCCACUUAGAGGUAUUGAUCUCACUAUUAACAAUUUUGCUUUUCCAAUUACUGAAAUGUGAAGUCGAUGCAAAACAGGGGAUAUCAUAGAUAUAUCUUAACAUGUGAUCGUGACGAUGAUGGAUGAGAUCAGUUUAAAUACCGGAUCCGUAGGAAAGCCAUCGGUAUCUCUACACAUAUUGCAUCGACACGACCGACUGAGUAACAGAUCUGCUCAGUGACAAAUCAAGAUCUUGAAUAGCUCAG